AUGUCGGAACUUCAUGAUAACUCCGCCAACCCGUCGUUGAAAGAAGAGACGGAGAAGAAUUCUAGGGAGGUUGAUUCAUCCUCUGGCUCUCAAAACGAUGGAAGUGAGAAUUUAAAACAAUCUAAGAGAGCAACUGCACAAGACUUACUCAACACCCGCCCACCUACUAUCAAGGACAGGAUACAGAGGUUCUUCUUCUUGCGGGGUUUGGGUGACAGGCCGGAGUAUAUGCAAGAAAUUUAUAACAAUAUUCCGCGGACAAUAUUCUUCAAUUAUGAUUUACCAACUGAUAUGAAAGAUGACAAGGGACAUCCUAUUAUUGAAUACCCCAGAAAUAAGAUUAGAACUACAAAAUAUACACCCAUCACAUUCUUGCCUAAGAAUUUACUUUUGCAGUUUACUAAUGUCGCUAAUACAUACUUUUUAAUCUUGGUAAUAUUGAGUGCUUUCCAAGUAUUUGGAGUGCCAUCACCUGGGCUUGCAGCAGUCCCCUUGAUUGUUAUUGUUUGUAUUACAGCGGUUAAAGAUGCUUUUGAAGAUUAUCGAAGGGUGGUGAGUGAUUUGGAGUUGAACAACAGCCCAAUACAUUUACUAUGUGGAGUACUGAAUCCCAAUGUUGAAAAGGAUUUCGUUGGACCGUGGAGAAGGUUUAAAAAAUCUUGCACGAAAGUAACUAUCAAAGCGUUUAAGGGGAUCAAAAAGGCCUGUAUAUAUGCCUUUGGAAACAAACGUCAAAAGCAAGACUUUAUUCGUGAGCAAGCGCAUCAAGAGGAUCUAGCCUUACACAGGGUUAGCACAGUGGUUUCUGAUUACUCAUACCACUCCCAACAACAUAACAGUAUAUAUUCUCCACGGAACAGCACAUAUUCUCCAAGAAUUAGUGCCCAGUCUAGAAACAGAAAAUCCACUCAGUCCAGACAUCCACCAACAAAAGCUCUUCCCAACUCGUUGCUAAACCCAGUCUUGAAGGAGGAAAACACACAUCAUCCAGAUAUGAAUAGAGCUUCCUUCAAAAAUAGAUAUUGGAAGGAUGUCAAUGUUGGAGACAUGAUUAGAAUCAGGGCAGACGAAGAAGUACCAGCAGACGUUGUGAUCAUCUCGACUUCCGAUGUUGAAGGAAAUUGCUACGUUGAGACCAAAAACUUGGAUGGAGAGACAAACCUCAAAACCAGAACAGCAUUGAAAUGUGGUGGAAAUAACAACUUGAAACACUCCGAUGACUUAAGUGAUACCAAAUUUUGGCUCGAGUGCGACUCACCUAAUCCAGAUCUAUACUCAUUCAGGGGAACUAUUCAUUACGAAAAUUAUGAUAGUCAUGGAAAUUUAGUGAAUCAUGACGAGAAAGAGGUGAUAACUCCGGAGAAUGUCCUAUUGAGAGGAUGCGUAUUGAGAAAUUCAAAAUGGAUUAUCGGGCUCUGUGUUUAUACUGGACGUGAGACAAAAAUUAUGUUGAAUGCUGGAAUAACCCCAACAAAGAUUUCCCGUAUAUCUCGAGAGUUGAAUUUGUCUGUUAUUAUCAACUUCAUAUUAUUGUUCGUCUUGUGUUUUAUUUCGGGUUUAGUCAAUGGGUUGUUUUACAGGGUGAAAGACAAUUCUCGUGUCUAUUUUGACUGGCACCCAUAUGGCUCAACACCGGCAGCACGAGGUGUUAUUGCAUUUUUUGUUGCGUUGAUUAUUUAUCAAUCCUUGGUUCCAAUUUCAUUGUACAUUUCCAUUGAGAUUAUCAAAACUUUGCAGGCAUUUUUUAUUCAUUCAGAUGUCAAGAUGUAUUAUCCAAAGUUGGACUUUCCUUGUAUCCCAAAGGCGUGGAAUAUCUCCGAUGACUUGGGUCAAAUUGAGUACGUCUUUAGUGAUAAAACCGGAACAUUGACUCAGAAUGUGAUGGAAUUCAGAAAGUGCACAAUAAAUGGAAAAUCGUACGGUUUGGCGUACACUGAAGCGAAGCAAGGAUUGGACAAGAGGCAGGGGUUGGAUGUCGUUGAGGAGGGUGUGAAAUGGAAGCAAAGGAUUGCUGACGAUAAGCAACUCAUGUUGGAUAAUUUGCACAAAUUCUCAAACAAUGAUCAGCUACGUGACGAUAAUAUUGCAUUCGUUUCCAAUAAGUAUGUCGAAGACACUCUUUUGGCCUCUCCCGAUGACCCACAACGAAUCGCGAACGAGAAAUUCAUGUUUGCUUUAGCUUUGUGCCAUACAGUGGUCACUGAGCAAAACAAAGACGACCCUGAGUUGCGUGACUUCAAAGCAGAAUCUCCGGACGAGGCCGCAUUGGUUGCUGUUGCUAGAGAUUUGGGGAUUGUUUUCAAAGCCAAAUUGAGGCAAUCUUUAUUACUACUGGUUUAUGGUAAGGAAGAAGAAUUCCAGGUGCUUAAUAUUAUCCCGUUCACAUCUGCAAGAAAAAGAAUGUCGUGUAUUGUUAGGGCGCCAAAUGGGGAUAUCAUAUUAUACACCAAAGGAGCCGAUAGCGUGAUAUUUCAAAGAUUAGAUUCCAAAAAGAACCCACAGGAGUUGGUAAGCAAAACCGCUUUAUAUCUCGAGGAUUAUGCCAACGAAGGUUUAAGAACUUUGUGUAUUGCGUCGAGGAAGCUCGAUCCCAAGCACUAUGAGAACUGGGCCCAAAGAUAUCAUGAAGCUGUUGUUUCUAUUGAAGACAAUAGAGAUGAUUUGAUUGAUGAGUUGAACGAUGCCAUUGAGAGGGAUUUAGUGUUGUUGGGUGGAACAGCUAUUGAAGACAGGUUGCAACCGGGCGUGCCAGAUUCGAUUGCCAUUUUAGGUCAAGCGGGUAUAAAGUUGUGGGUUCUUACUGGAGAUAGGAUUGAAACUGCCAUUAACAUUGGCUUUUCGUGUGAUUUAUUGGAGAAUAGCAUGAAACUUUUGGUUGUGCGACCCGAUGAAAACAAUCCCACGAAUGUGGAGUAUAUCGAUGAGUUGAUAUCAAAACACUUGUCAGAAAACUUUCAAAUCGACGCAUCAAGUUCAAAGGCGGUGGAGUCGUUGAUUACAGAAGCUAGGAAAGACCACUCACCACCAGGUUCGAAAUAUGCAUUAAUCAUUGAUGGAGCUGCUUUGGGUCUAAUCUUUCAAGACCUGGAUGCUUCUUCUAAUGAAAAUAUGAAAUUGCUCAAAGACAAGUUCUUGUUAUUGGGAAAACAAUGUAAAUCGGUUAUGUGCUGUCGUGUAUCUCCUGCUCAGAAGGCCGAGGUGGUUAGAAUUGUUAAAACGCGUUUGAAGGUCAUGACCUUAGCUAUAGGUGACGGAGCUAACGACGUUGCCAUGAUUCAAACAGCAAACGUUGGAGUUGGAAUCGCAGGUGAAGAAGGUCGUCAAGCGGCCAAUUCAUCAGAUUAUGCCAUUGGCCAAUUCAGGUUCUUGACUAGAUUGUUGUUGGUUCAUGGGCGGUGGUCGUAUAAGCGGUUAGCAGAAAUGGUUCCAUGUUUCUUUUAUAAGAAUGUUGUGUUUUCGUUUACAUUUUUCUGGUACGGCAUUUACAAUAACUACGAUGGGUCUUAUCUUUAUGAAUAUACCUAUCUUAUGUUCUAUAACUUGGCCUUUACCUCGCUUCCUGUCAUUGUCUUGGGAGUUUUGGAUCAGGACGUGUCUGAUACUGUUUCAUUGUUGGUACCACAGUUGUACAUUAAUGGUAUUUUGAGUCAGGAUUGGUCACAGUAUAAGUUUGUGAUGUACAUGGUUGACGGAUUAUACCAGUCUGUGAUUUCUUUCUAUUUUCCAUACUUGUUGUUUUACAAGGCGUUCCAGAAUCCACAAGGAAUGACCAUCGAUCACAGAUUUUAUGUUGGUAUCGUGGCAGCAUGUAUCUCAGUUACAGCGUGUGACCUCUAUGUGCUAUUACGUCAGUAUCGUUGGGACUGGCUUUCUUUGUUGAUUGAUGCUAUAUCUAUUCUUCUUGUUUACUUUUGGACUGGUGUUUGGAGUGUCAACAAGAAUUAUUCAGGGGAAUUUUAUCGUGCCGGUGCUCAAACCUUGGGAACCUUAGGUGUCUGGUGCUGUAUUUUCAUAGCAGUAAUUGCUUGUUUGCUACCCCGGUUCACCCUUGACUUUUUGCGUACAAAUUUCAAACCUACCGAUAUUGAUAUAAUCAGGGAGCAAGUGCGUCAAGGAAAGUACGAUGAUUACCCCGAAGGAUACGAUCCAACUGAUGCCGAUGAUGUGGAGAAACAUAGAUUGCUUACAGAAAUUAUCAAGCAAGAUCCAAAAUUGUUAGACAUGAUGGAGAAGGAAUAUGAAGAAGAUAAGUUAGAUCACGAGAAUAAAUUUGAGAGGACAUUCAAGUCCAUCAAGAGAAAGACUACUUUAACCAGUUCAAGAUCGCAAAAGCAUUCGCAAAGGCUCAGGAAAAAUACUAUCAAUCGCCAAUUUCACAAGCCAAUGUCUAUCGAUGAGUUAAGGCAGCAAAUGAUCCAAACUGGUGAGUACAAUACUGCAAGAAACUCGUUGGAGAGGAUUAGCACGUCACACGCAGUCCCCGGAUUAACCCAAGCUGAGACCUUAUUAUCCUACCAUACUAGGAAUAGUAUCAAUUUGAACCGUGGUCCAGCUGUUUGA